AUGAAUUCCGGAUCCUUUGCUCAGUCUGUUGAAGUUGAUGUGGUACCAAAUACACCUGAAAGAUCAUGUUCCAAUGAUGUUGACGGUCUAACUGUCGAUUCCGCAAUUGACUUGAAAAAAAUAAAACAAUUUGACAAACAACUUCACAUUUCAGACAGGAUUGAAGAAACUAAUGAGGAGGAAGUGAAAAACACCUUUCCAAAUAUUUUCACUGGUCUAAUUGCAUCGCAGAGUCCCGUAGAGUUACCCGAACUAUCUACUGAUCUCAAUAGUGACGAGCAGAAGGUGGUUGAACAACUUGCCCAAAUUGGUGAAAAGAUCAAUGCGCUUUUUGGCUCGGAGAUUGAAAGUAUGCUGGGUCAAUUCCAUUCGACUAUUUCACCCUUUGGAAUUCUUUCUAAAAUCUUCUCAGGGCUAUUUAAAGAUAAAGAAUAUUCGUGGGGCAAAAUUUUUGCUUUCAUCCACUUUGGAGUCAAGCUCUUCUUAAAAUCUAACGGCAAUAUCAUUCCCUCCAUGCUGAAAGAUCUGUGUGUUGAAAUAGUGGAAGUGAUAGGAAUUCAGCUUGCCCAGGGAGCCUUCAAGUGGAUAGCAAAUCGUGGCGGAUGGAUUCGUGUCGGUUCAGGCAGAUUAGAAUACGCGGAGAUGUGGGGAUGGAUGAAACUAGGCUCUAGAGAGGAAGAGAUAGUGAGCUAG